AUGGUUCAAGGUGAAGAAAACCUUAACUCAACGUUACCUGCCGAUAAUGUAGAAUGUCUGGAGAAAUUUCGACAAGCGUUAACUUCAUUUUCAAUUCCUGACCAGAAGAGCGUGAAACGACCUCCUUUUGGUUUUUCGAAAUGUCCUAACCAAGACGUUGAAAAAUAUUUUGAAUUUGCAGCUAGAGUAGGGAAGCCUUGGUUCAAGUGGGAAGUAAUACGUCCUGCAUUUCUUUGGAAGCUUGAUCAAACGAUAUUAGAUAUGAAAGAAUAUGAAUCAGAUGGCGUGUCUGAGAAUAGCAUUAGUGCUGGUGAAGAAGAAGAGCUGUGUAGUCAACGAGAGUUUAUUCUGAGGAAAGCAGCGCAAUUUGAAGGCACUCCUUUCACAUUCCAGCGAUUAUGUGAGCUUCUCACAACACCUUCCCGUCACUACAAACGAUUGGAUAAGUUUCUGCGUGCUUUGGAAAAAAAUAUUAAUGUAGUGACGACAGUUACUGAGUAUGGAGAAAGAGUUACUGGUGUAGACGAAUAUUUUGAAGACGACGAUGAUAGGCCACGCGGUAUCGAACAAAGUUUUUUUGUAAAGGAAAACGGGUCUCCGAUAGCAGUUAAGAAGGAAGAUAUGGUAAUAGAUGACUCAAGACCAAUGAAUUUAUGCGCCUUUGUAAAAGAGGAUCUGAAAGACGGUUCCGUUACUUCUUGCAAUUUAGAAAAACCUGUUGAAGUCGAUGUUGAAGCAGAUGAGAACUCGGGAAAAGAACGGAUAUUUUGUCCAGUUGAGGAGCAAAUGUCAGGAGUUGAAUUGGCUGCUGAAAAUACUUCUGAAAACAUGAAUGUUGCGGAAGAAAUGGAGGUUGUGCGAGAGGAUGCUCGGGAGAAUGUAGAAAUUAUGAAGGAGCUUUAUCAGCUAGCCGAAAUUGGACUCUUUAAAGUUGGUGGUCUCUACUGUUGA